AUUCGUAAUUUCGUACACUAGACAAGCUAGCUGCUCCAGCACAGGAGCUAUUGCUAAAACAAUAUUUGAUGCAUUUAUCGCAGGGGGAGAUCCUCGUUUAGGUCAUGGCUCCGUUUGUUUUUAAUUCGGGAUCAAACAUGGUGUCAGCUCCGUUAGUGUUACUUCAUUGUAUUAUUGUCAUCUGCGUCACUUUGCAUUGUGUCAAUCUGGCCGCUGCUAAAACCAAUCCCAAACCGAAUAUAGUUUUAAUCCUGACCGAUGAUCUGGAUGUGUCCAUCGGCGGAAUGAUUCCUUUAGUCAAGACUAAAAAGCUGAUAGGUGAUGCUGGAAUUACCUUUACAAAUGCGUUUGUGGCCAGUCCUUUGUGCUGUCCCAGCAGGGCGAGUAUCCUGACAGGUAAAUACCCUCACAAUCAUCACGUGGUGAACAACACGCUGGAGGGAAACUGCAGCAGCACAGCAUGGCAGAAGGGCCAGGAGCCCGACACUUUCCCAGCCUUCCUGCAGAAACACGCCGCAUAUCAGACCUUCUUCGCUGGGAAGUAUCUGAAUGAGUACGGCAGUAAAAAAGCUGGAGGAGUCGAGCACGUUCCUCUGGGCUGGGAUCACUGGUUCGCCCUGGAGAGAAACUCUAAAUAUUACAACUAUACGCUGUCAGUGAAUGGCAGGGCGCAGCGGCACGGACAAAACUACAGCGAGGAUUACCUUACAGAUGUCCUGGCCAAUGUUUCCAUCGACUUCCUGGAAAACAAGUCAAACCGCAGGCCUUUCUUCAUGAUGGUGUCCACACCGGCGCCACACUCGCCCUGGACGGCCGCUCCGCAGUACGACAGCAGUUUUCCUGACCUCAAAGCUCCACGAGACCCCAACUUCAACAUACAUGGGAAGGACAAACACUGGCUCAUCAGACAAGCGAAGACGCCCAUGAGCAACUCUUCAGUCGAGUUUUUGGAUAACGCCUACAGAAAACGGUGGCGCACUUUACUAUCAGUGGACGACCUGGUGGAGAAGCUGGUGAGAAAGCUGGACAUCAGAGGAGAGCUCAGCAACACCUACGUCAUUUUCACCUCCGACAAUGGAUAUCACACAGGCCAGUUUUCUCUGCCGAUGGAUAAGAGGCAGCUCUAUGAGUUUGACAUCAGAGUUCCUCUGCUGGUGCGAGGGCCGAAUAUCAAACCCAAUCAGACCAGCCCGUUACCUAUAGCAAAUGUGGAUUUGGGUCCAACAAUUCUAGACAUCGCAGGAUAUAACGUCAAUGACACUCAGAUGGACGGCAUGUCAUUUCUUCCUAUAAUGGUGGGUGAACUGAACAGCAGUGUGUGGAGGUCAGAUGUACUGGUUGAAUAUGAAGGUGAAGGCCGUAAUGUGUCAGAUCCUGCCUGUCCUCUGCUGGGCCCCGGGGUCUCGGAGUGUUUCCCUGACUGUGUGUGUGAAGACGCCUACAACAACACCUACGCCUGUGUUCGCACUGUGUCACCGAACGCCAACUUACAGUACUGUGAAUUUGAUGACAACGAGGUGUUUGUGGAGGUCUACAAUCUGACGUCAGAUCCGUUUCAGUUGAGUAACAUCGCCAAGAGCAUCGAUCAGGAGGUGCUGGAGAAGAUGAACCACCGGCUCAUGAUGCUGCAGUCCUGCUCGGGACGCUCCUGCAGAACGCCAGGGGUCUACGACUCACGGUUCAGGUUUGACCCUCGGUUCAUGUUCAGCAGCCUGGUCCCGCACAGAAACAAGCGGCGGCAGAUGCUGAAGUAGAUCGGAUGAGACGACGCAGGGUGCAGAAAAGACGAUGCCUUCAUAUCCUGACGCUCGGUAAUAAAGAGACGAGGCCAUUCUGGAGCGUCCAGGGUGCAAAACACACUGCAGACACUUUCAGACAGGACCACAUGCUUCAUGUCCUGACAAAACACACUAGUAGAUUUUCAGCUUUAUAUUUUUCUCUCAUGAUGAAUAAUUACAUUACACACACACACACUGUAUUUGUGCGCAAUUUAUAGGAAUAGCUCACCCAAAACCAUGAAAACUGGGUGAAGGUUACCUAUAAACGCAAUAACACUCCCUCACCUUUUCAGUUCUGCUCUCUGAUCAAGUCAAGUGUUGUUUAGCAUUUCAAUUUCUGUCCUUUGAGUGUGUUUCUGAGUGAAUGAGCCAAAGCUGUAGAUCACAGCAGCAGUAAAUGUUACAUUUACAUCUGUUUAAUAACUUGUUUGGUUAUUUUAUGAGGGAAUUUAUCAUGUUUUUGUGGUUUAUUCACUCAAACUUGAAGCGUGAAGGGAUUGUUUUUUUCUUUCUGACUACUCAACGAUCUUGGAUCGAGUUGGUAAUAUCUCAAAUCACAGAAAUAAAUGAUUAGACAGGCAUAUUUUUCCAUGAUAUUUCAUUAUCUAUAUCUGUCAGUCAAGCACUUUUUAGUCUGUGAUCAACAUGUUUAUUGCACAUAAUUCUUUCGUUAUGUUUGUUUGUGGCAUUGAUAUGGUUGGUGAGUUUUUGUCUUGUGUGUUUGAUUUGAUAAAAGCAUUCGGAAAUCAUGUUUUUGUCUGUAUUUUAACGAGGAUUUUUCAAUAAUAAACAGGACAAAAUGUGGUUUACGAUUACA